AAAGACAGUAUAAGAAUCAAAUGAUUAUAGAAAGUGACGUUAAGCUGUAGUAAUUUUUUCAAUGUACUUCCCCGACUUCGAGGUGGAGAUGAAAGUAGACGACGACGAGUAUGACGUCUCUGCCGCAUACCAGCAAGAUAAGAAACCGACACUGAAGGCGUCGCCAGCGAAGAAAAAGAAGAUAAAAGUGGAAGACGACGAUGAAGAUACCGAAUACAUACCGCCGACCUACGUGAAGAAAUCGAAAAAACGUAGGACACCAAAAACGGAAAGCGCUAAAACGAAAAAACAGGAACACAAAGUGUUCACCUGCAGACGGUGCUUGGCCGAGUUCAAUUCCAGGAAAGGUUUAACGGAACACACAAAGCUUUAUCAUAUAGACGAUUCCAAAGAAGAACAUACAUUCAAGUACGACGAGGAUCAAGACCUUUACAUAUGCAGCACUUGUUCGGCGGAAUACCAGACGAAAGGAGAGGUAGAAGAACAUAUUUCUAAAGUCCACGAAGAAUUCUAUACAUGCGAGCAAUGCAACCAUACAUCUAGCAAGGCUUACAGCUUUGCUGUACAUAUGAAAAGUCAUGCUACUGACGAUAACUAUUCAUGUCCUUUAUGCAACUACGUUACCCCAAGAAGGACAUGUCUGCAAAACCACAUCAAUAGAGUGCAUUACCACAAGUUCUAUUACACUUGUCACACUUGCGGCAAAGGUUUCAACGACCCUGCUAUCUUCAAGGAGCACAAUAAUGAACACCUGGGCAUCAAACCUUUCAUAUGCGUCGUGUGCAACAAGGACUUCGUCUACUCCAGAUAUUUGUUAAUACACCAAACCAAGUACCAUACAGUACACAUCGAAGGCACGCUACACAAGACUCAAUGUAGCAUCUGCCUGAAGGUCUUCAGCAAAAUUUCGACGUUGUUGAAGCAUAUCACCACGAAACAUGGAGAGAGCAAAGAAGAGAAAAUCGAAAAGCGACAUCUCUGCGAUAUGUGCGGUAAAGGCUUCGGGACUUCGGAUAAGCUGAAGAUACACUACAGAAUCCACACUGGAGAUAAGCCCUUCUUGUGCAGGUACUGCGAGAAAAGGUUUUCUAAAAAAGACUACUUGGUCAUGCACGAGCGUGUUCAUACUGGCGAGAAGCCGUACCCGUGCGAGUACUGCGGCAAGUGCUUCAAUCAGGCAGCUUCUUUGAGGAUUCACACCAGGGGGCAUACCGGGGAACGACCGUACAUUUGUCAGUUCUGCAAUGGCGGGUACAUCUCUAGAGGGUCGUUGAAUCUCCAUAUGAAGAUUUGCAAUGGAGUCGCGGUUGCAUAAAAUUGAUCAAAGGAUAUCGAAAAGGAUAGUGUCGUUAGGUCUGUUCAUUCAUCUCAUACAAGGUGUUUCCUAAUUGGAGUCAAUAUUUGACGGGGCGAUUUUGGGCCCCUUUCGAGAAUAAAAGUUCAUAUAAACGUCUUAACUUGGAGACUGAGACAAAAAUAUACCUUUUGGCACGUCACUAGCUUUUCCUGAAAAAGAAAUCUGCAUUCAUUUAUGAGCAAAUCUAAUUUUGUUGUCCGACGCACGGUUUUCACCUAAAAAAAAAAAACAAAAUCUAUUAACGUUGUUUUUAAGAUUAUGCAGAGAAAUGGUUUUUUAUUUUUUAAGCGAGAUCCGUGCAUCUGAUUGAAGAAACCAUAUGAUCUUUGCUCAGAAAUGAAAGGGGGCUUCAAGAAUGAUUUUUAUUUCAAGAGAAACCAGUGGCGUACCAUUAAUGUCUGCCGAAAUAGGCAGGUGAAAUUCCGUACGAACAUUACUGGUGAUAAUUAAAAGAAAGAUGUGGUACAUUAAAAAAUACACAACUCAAAAAAAUUACGGGAGCAGGAAAAAAUCAAAUUGUUAGCUAUUUUUUUCCAGGUGUAUUUCGGUUUAAAAGGGUAUUUCCGAUUUUCCAAAACAAUGCAAAAAUAACUUUUUGGCGUUUAAUACUAAGAUAGCAAAAAAAUUCGUCAAAGAUUACUAUCAAAUCUUAUAGGAGAUUUCUUCCCUUUUUUCUUUAUUGAAAACUAGAAUCUUAAAGCCUCAAAAUGUUUUUUCUAAAUUCUAGAUACCACCAUUUUCCACUGAAAAAUUUGAUUUUUUUGAGUAGUAUACCUUUUGCUACAUGAUACAUAUAUGCAUAAUUUUAUCAAAAUGCCCUAAGUUAAUACUUCGUAUAUUUUUAUGGAAUUAGAUAGAUAGAGAUAGAUGCGGAGCCGGUGGGGGGAGAUAGUACAAGCCAAUCUAAGUCGAUUUUACUAUAGGAACCACUGUCCGAAAAUUAUCCGUUUUUAAGAUCUUAUAAAAUUAACGUCCUUUAUACGUUAACCAAGUCAUAAAAUUUGAAAAUUGG